UCUUAAUAAAAGAAAAAUGUAUCUGAUGUAUUAUUUGAACGAAAACAGGGAGCGCGUUUAUACGUUGAAGAAAGUCGAUCCGAAUGGUAGACCAACCUUGUCUGCACAUCCUGCUCGAUUUUCACCCGAAGAUAAAUACUCUAAAGAACGCAUCACAAUCAAGAGGCGUUUUGGGCUGCUCUUAACGCAGCAACCCAUGCCUACCUACUAGACGAAUAUUUUAUCACUGAAACCGAGUCGAACCAAGUAAAGUGAGCUCUGCUAUUCGCUUGUGAAGACUAACUAAAGACAACUAAUCUGUUUUUAUUAAAUAAAUAUAUUAAGUUGUAAAGAAGGGGCAAAUAAUAACAACGCCGACAUUAUUCAUAUAUAAUCUUCUUAUUAAAUAUCAGACCUUAAUUUUAGUGUCAGCAACUCGACGAGGCUCUGUAUCAAGGAUGGCGAUAAGAUUUACAGAUUUUGAGAUACAGCGAGUAUAUACACAAACCUAUAUACAUAUAGAAGAAUAUAUAACACGAUGCAACAUAUUACCAACAUUAUAAACAAGUUACAUUAUACCCUGCCGAAACAGUGGCAAGCAAAGCUUACUGCCGAUAUAUUCGUAAUAAUUAUUCAAGACUAAUGAAGUUAAACAAACAGUUUUUGUUUUUCAAUAAUCGGUAAUACUGUAUUGUUUUCUCAAGCAUCGUUGGCGAAGGAAGAUAUUUAAAUGUAUGGUAUUAUUAAAUAAAAUUACGAAUCCAAAGCGCGGAGUAAAAUAUUGAUUUUUACAGAACAGUGAAGUUGCACACCUUGGUUUGGAAUAUAUUUUGCGACAGCUUGCGAUUUUAUUUAUGACAAAACGUAAAUU